AUGUCAUCGUCUAGAACUUGCGCUGAACACACUUUACAAGAAAUUAGAUUCCAUUGCGAUGCAUGCAAUGUUUUUGUGUGUGAUGAUUGUGUUUCAGGAGAAGGAAAACAUACUACAUGCAAAAAAAGUAAACUCAAUGAUCACAAUAACAAACAAGUUUUGAUUGAAAGUAUUGCAGAAAUAACUGAAAAGGAUAUUCCACGUUUGACCGAAACAAUGCAGGUUGUUACAACAAUUAAAGGGUCAUUUAACGAAUCAGUUGAUGAAACCAUUACUAAAAUUCGUUCAAAAACACGAAAAAUAAAGACAAUUUUUCAUGAAUUACAAGAAGAAGCUAUACGACAGAUUGAUCAAUCGAGGCACCAAGCGAACGUGAAAUUUGAGGAAUGCUAUAAUUAUCAUCAUAUUCGAUGUAGCAAUUUACAACAAAUAACAAGGAAAGUACAACAACAAAAUUCUAACAUUCAACCAUCAGAUGUUGUAAAAUUAAAUUCCGAGCUGCAAAAAAUGGCAAAUAACGAAAACAACUCGGAAAAUAUCCCGAAUAUCGAACCUCCUAGUUUUGAAAUAGAGGAGAAAUAUUUAACAAAAGAAUUUUAUCAAGAUUUUUUUCAAUGUAAGAAGGCAAAGGCCGUAGACAAAACAUCAUCUCUUACAAAUAAAGAGGAAAAAAGGGAACAAAACCCUUCAUCAAAUGAUAAAAAAUUAGAAGCGUCUGCAAAAGAAACAAAUCCAGAUCGUUAUAAGAAUGAACAAAAAACAGAUAUGAAUUACGACGAAAGUUCAAGUGAUAUUUAUGUGUCAAAAUCGCCAGACAACGGAGAUAGAAAAUUAGGGGUCUCUGCAGAUCAUAACAAAGACUUAAAAUACAAAAUGAUUAAAAUGGCGAAAUGUGAAAAUACUUGCAUUUGUAUUGUACCCAAGACAAAUAUAUACGAGGCUUGGGUUAUUGGAGUUGAUGUCAAUGAGGUUAAUUUAAACGAAUCAAAACCAAUCGUUACCACUCUCCUUUCGCGUAUAGAUGGAGAACCAUUUUCAGCUGGACAUAGUCAAAAGCAUGGUUUGCUUAUAGGUCGUAAAAAAAACAGGAAAACCAUCAAACUUCUCAAAACGGUAGCUGGAACUCUAAGAAAAUCGGGAGCGUGCACAUUGGUUUCCCAUAUAAAAUUACGUUCUGAACAUUUGGCAGCUAUUUGUACCGUAUCGUCUCCAGAGAAAGACAGAGAUAUCGCUGUUUUGACAGAAAGCAAUGAAAGGGGAGCAGUAAUACGAUGGUAUUCUGACAAAAAAAUCAAAACGAAUGAGCUGAACAUUUCCAACAAUAUUAAAAUUGAAAAUCCAGUAUUCAUAGACGAGAGUGUAAACGGAAACAUUUGUAUCACGUGUGACCCAAACGAUAAAUCGUCGUGGAUACAGCUUCUUGACAAACACGGGAAUCACAAGAUGAGGUACCCACCAAAAGAUGAAAAAACAGGUAAAGAGAAGAGUGCGUAUUCAUUUAUUGGCGCUGGAUUUCUGAGAGAUGGUCGUAUUACAGUUUUGGACCGUGUUUGUUUUCGUCAGCACCUUUUAGAUCAAAAUGGAAAUUUUAUCAAAAUAGACCAAUACCAAAACCAACCAUCAUCUUUUGCUGUUGACAUACACGACAACAUUUGGAUAGGAUUUUAUGAUGGAACAGUUCAAGUAAUGGAAUAUGAUGACGGAACGUAUGAGGAGAUCAAUUGA